AUAUUGAAUUGUUAGUUUCGUCGUUGUUGCAAUUGAGCGAUUAGCAGGUCCUCCAGAUUCAUCCCUUAUCUCUACACACAAAGCGCAAUAUGUCACCCUCUACGCUGGCCGAUGCCUUUUCCAAGGACUCAUCCGCGACUGCCAUCAUCGUGCCUGGCAGUCCUGCGCUGCAUGUCUCCUACCAGAAGCUCACUGCCGAUGUGAAGGCAUUCCAGCAGCAGUUGGCGAAUGUCGGUGUUUCGGCGCAAGCAGCUGUCUCCAUCGCCCUUCCCAACACAUACGAAUUCAUCGUCUCCUUUAUUGCCGCAUCAUGGCAGCGAGCGAUUGCGGCGCCUCUGAACCCGGCAUACAAGCAGUCCGAAUUCGAAUUCUACAUCGACGAUCUCAGCUCCGCCAUCGCACUCGUACCCAAGGGUGCUUUCGCACAGGACGCAGCAGCGGUGAGAGCAGCGCGGAAGUACAAUGCGGCCAUCGCCGAGUGCUACUACAACGGCAGCGAGGUUGUGCUAGAUGUCAAGGAGACCGGCAAACUGGCUGGCAAGAAAGCUCAACUCGAAGUUGCGCAGCCAGACGAUGUCGCGCUGGUACUUCAUACAUCAGGCACUACAGGGCGUCCCAAAGCUGUUCCUCUGACGCACCGCAACCUGCUGCGCACCAUGAAGAACAUCCAAGGAACCUAUGAGCUAACGCCCAAGGAUCGCACCAUGCUGGUCAUGCCACUUUUCCACGUGCAUGGCUUGCUGGCUGGCUUCCUUGCACCCUUGGCUUCUGGUGGCUCAGUUGUUGUGCCACUGAAGUUCUCUGCAACUGUUUUUUGGAAAGACUUUGCAGAGCACAAGGCGAACUGGUACACCGCUGUUCCUACGAUUCAUCAGAUCCUGCUCAAGAACCCCAUCCCGAGCCCAAAGCCAGAGAUCCGCUUCAUUCGAUCAUGCUCAUCUCCCCUCUCCCCGAAGACCUUCCAUGAGCUGGAGAAGGCUCUUGGCGCGCCUGUACUGGAGGCCUAUGCGAUGACUGAGGCUGCCCACCAGAUGACCAGCAACCCUCUGCCGCCGGGCCAGCGUAAGCCCGGUAGCGUGGGGCUAGGCCAAGGCGUCGAGGUCAAGAUCCUCAACGAUGCCGGCGACGAAGUACCGCAAGGCAAAGAGGCAGAGAUCUGCAUCCGUGGGGAGAAUGUUACUAAGGGUUACCUAAACAACCCCAGCGCCAACGCCUCUUCCUUCACCAAGGGCGGCUUCUUCCGCACUGGCGACCAAGGCUUGAUGGAUGCCGAUGGCUACGUGAUCAUCACCGGCAGGAUCAAGGAGUUGAUUAACAAGGGCGGAGAAAAGAUCAGUCCCAUUGAGCUCGACAAUGUCAUUGCGCAACACCCAGCUGUGUCUGAAGCAGUUAGCUUCGCGAUUGAGGAUGAGAUGUACGGACAGGAUGUCGGUCUUGCGAUCGUCCUCAAGGAUGGCCAGACGCUCAACGAGGGAGAGCUCAGGGCAUGGAUGUCAGAGCGUCUCUCCAAAUUCAAGCUUGCAAAGAAGGUUUUCUUCACCGAUAUCAUGCCCAAGACAGCCACCGGCAAGAUUCAAAGACGCCUCGUCGCCGAGGCCAUGCUCAAGAAAGAGAAGCCGCAAGCCAAGCUAUAG